AUGUAUUUGAUAUUUUCGUUAGCUUUGUUUUGGGUCACGGUCACUGCUCAAGAUGCUCCUUGUACCGAAACUUGCUGGCAAACUUGUCCUGUCGAUUCACGUUGCCCAUCGAUAAAUGCAGCAACGGCUACGGUUCUACCGCAUCUGACAAAUUGCAAUAAGUUCAUAAAGUGUCAGUCAGGCCAUGGAUGCGUACACGAUUGUCCAGCUGGACUGCAUUUCAAUGCGGCCGAUAAAACCUGUGAUUGGCCGAACCGAGCCUGUUGUGAUCCUUCGGUACAGUGUGGCCCAGAUGAUACUUUCCCUGGAAACUGCGUCACCCACGUAGAUUGUCCUUUAGUGAAUCCUGUGAAACCGAUACUUUUGCCGCAUACGGUUUGUUCAAAUUUUUACAAGUGUGAUAGAGGAAAAGCAUGCGAAUAUACCUGCCCGGACGGAUUGCAUUUCAACGAGCGAGAACUAGCGUGCGACUGGCCCUGGCGGGCAUGUUGCGAUCCCAGUAUCGAGUGUUACGAACCCUGCCCUACCUGUCCACGUGAGUAA